UGCUUGUUUGUUCACUUAGAGAAUAAAUUGCGCAAGCAAUUCAGUGUAAUGGAGUUCACCGGAGGCAGUUACAAAGGAGAAACAAAAAAUAGCAGGAUGGACGUUAAAGGCGAGUACACCUUUCCUACGGGGACUAAAUACGUGGGAGAGAUGAAAGACGGGAUGUUUCAUGGCAAAGGAGUGCUACACUUUCCAAAUGGAAGUAAAUAUGAGGCCACCUGGGAAAACGGCAGAGCAAAACAGGGGUCGUUUACCUUUGCUGAUGGUCUGCAGUACCAGGAGAGGGACUGGGACUACUGCAAUGGUUAUGACAGGCGCUUCUACAGUGAGAGGUGCCAUGAGCUCAGACCUGCAGGAGAAUCUCAGCUAACUGAUCUGCAUCCACCACGCAUCAUUCCUGAUGGAUGCUACGAUUGUGGAGAUGGUUUUUAUGACCCCAGUGCUAGAGUUGUUACUUCUUACACUGGCAGAUUCCUCAGGAAUGCAGAUGACUCCGAACAUGAGUGGAUUGUGCGGACUUGUCGGAAAGCUUGGGAUGAGAUUGUUGGCGUUGAUGCUGAAAAGUCUGUUGCAACCAGGCCUGAAGAGACCAGCGAUAUCAACUGA